UCAAAAAUAUUUCCAACCACUCUGAUAAUACCUGCCAAUAAAAAACUAUAACAUACAGUUGCACCUUCGAUAAUGGCAAUAAAAGAAAAAUUACCACCAACGAUAUAUUAACAGUAUAAAUAGGUGUGUUUGUAGUUAUCCAGCAAGAUCAGAGACGAAGAAAAUGGCAGAAGAGAAGAGUGUGGAGAUUCCUAGAGUCAAACUAGGAACUCAAGGUCUCGAGGUAUCAAAGUUAGGGUUGGGAUGUAUGAACAUCAGUGGAGCCUAUACUGAUCCUGUUUCUGAUGAUGAAGGCAUAUCUCUUAUUAACUAUGCAUUCGCUCACGGAAUCACUUUCUUUGACACUGCUGAUAUAUAUGGGGCCAACGCUAACGAAGUUUUGAUCGGAAAAGCUUUGAAGCAGUUACCCAGAGAAAAAGUUCAGCUAGCGACAAAAUUUGGCAUUGCAGGAAGGAGUUUUCCUAAUGUACAAGUCAAAGGUACACCAGAGUACGUGCGAUCGGCUUGUGAAGCUAGCUUGAAACGUCUUGAUGUUGAGUACAUCGAUCUCUAUUAUCAGCACAGAGUCGACCAAACAGUACCUAUAGAAGAAACAGUAGGUGAGCUUAAAAAGCUGGUGGAAGAGGGAAAAGUGAGGUAUAUAGGGUUAUCUGAAGCUAGUCCUGAUACUAUAAGAAGAGCACAUGCUGUUCAUCCCAUCACAGCUUUGCAAAUAGAGUGGUCCCUUUGGACCCGUGAUAUUGAGGAAGAGAUAGUUCCUCUCUGUAGGGAACUUGGCAUUGGAAUUGUACCAUACAGCCCUCUGGGGCGAGGCUUUUUUGGUGGAAAAGGAGUUCUGGAAAACAUGCCUGUAAAUAGCGCCCUGACUACAUAUCAUCCUCGGUUCAAAUCAGAGAACAUGGGAAAGAACAAGUUAAUAUACGACAGAAUAGAAAACCUUGCUAAGAAACACCACUGCACUCCUCCACAGUUGGCCUUAGCUUGGGUACUCCACCAAGGCAACGAUGUUGUCCCAAUUCCUGGAACAACCAAGAUUAAGAACCUUGAUCAGAACAUCGGUGCAUUAUCACUGAAAUUGACAGAAAGUGACUUGAGAGAAAUUUCUGAGGCUGUUCCCAUAGAUGAUGUAGCAGGGUCUCGAUACUUCUUUGAAUAUGAUAAAGAUUCUUGGAAAUUUGCAGACACACCUCCAAUAAAUCAGAGGAUCUCAACUUAAAAGCACUCUAAAUCCUUUUCAGUUUUGCAAUUCAGAUGAGAUGCAAAAACUAGUACUAUUAUAAGCUUCAAAUGCAUUAUGCAGAUGUAGUAUAGUAUAUAAGGAUAUGAUAUGUUGUGAGUUUUAUUUUUUUGUGCCAGCAAUAUGCAUAAAAAUAGCCUAACUCAACUAUGGCACUUUGAUGGUUGGGUGAUUAAAGGUUUUAUCUUGAGCUGAUGAUGAAUAAAACAAAAGUUCUGAUUGUUAUUAUAUAGAUACAGUUAAAUGUGAGGAUUUAACUCAUGUUUUAGGGAA